GCACUGCGAAGCGGGCAUUCUUCGUGCGAGUUAGCGUUUCGGUUGGUGCCGUCGUCGGGUUGUGGAAGCAAACUUUCGGGUUGACGCUGGGUAACAAAGGGACGGACGUUUAAGCGGAGGGUAAAAAAAAAUAAAGAAGAGGAAAAAAAGACGCUAUAUUGUAGUCGGGCCGCGUGUAAUUAGUCUGUUGAGACAACAACUUGCCGUUCCAGAGGUGCCCGAAGACCCGGUGCUAGAGUUACAAUGGCUGACCAACUGACUGAAGAACAGAUUGCUGAGUUCAAGGAGGCCUUCUCACUCUUUGAUAAGGAUGGCGAUGGCACCAUUACCACCAAGGAGCUGGGGACAGUCAUGCGUUCUCUGGGACAGAAUCCUACUGAGGCAGAGCUACAGGAUAUGAUCAAUGAGGUGGAUGCUGAUGGUAACGGCACAAUCGACUUUCCCGAGUUUCUGACAAUGAUGGCCAGGAAGAUGAAGGAUACAGACAGUGAGGAAGAGAUCAGAGAAGCCUUCAGGGUGUUUGACAAGGACGGUAAUGGCUAUAUCAGUGCAGCAGAGUUACGGCACGUCAUGACCAACUUGGGGGAAAAGCUCACCGACGAGGAGGUGGACGAAAUGAUCCGCGAGGCGGACAUCGAUGGAGAUGGACAGGUCAACUACGAGGAGUUUGUCCAGAUGAUGACUGCCAAGUGAAGAGUGGUUUCACCUUUCCCUUAUAACAUCGCUUGUCCUCCUAAGAUCACACUGUCUUUAAGAAAGGAAAAAAAAUUAACUGAAAAUGUAAAAUCGCCCCUCAAAUCACUUCUCUUCAGAAUUAUGUAAUUUGAGCUCAAAUAAGUUGUGCUGCUUAAGAAUCUGUUCAGACCACACCAACAGAAUAAUCUCUAGACAAGUACAUGGACCAAGCUUUAAAAGGGCUGAAGCCCCUUCCUCUAGACCAAGAUCCUGCUGAGUCGCCAAACUCUUGAUUUUAAUUGGCUUAAAGAGUAGUGGAGAAAAGGCAGAGGGACGGGAACUCAUGCCAGCAACUGUUCAGAAAAGCUGAUGAUUCGAGUCUCUCCGGUAUCCCUCAAAAAACCCAAAUUUGACCUCGUCUCUUAACACAAAUGGCAGUUCGGAUUUUAAUACCGCAUUGGGUUGUGGUAUUCUUCUUGCAUGCACCCUUUCCGUGGCGGUAUCUUGUCACAACGAGGUGGUUCUGCUCCCAUCAAAGUUAGUGGUUGGCUUGUGUACACACAGGGAGGUAUAUACAUGCUAUCUAUAUAUCUGUAACAUACGUGUCACUAACGAUUACUGCAAGAAGGAAGUUUCAUUGUUGGAUGGUACAUUGGUGCUGGGUUAGAAGCCAGUAUUUUAUUUUAUUUUUUCAACCUUGAAGAGUUCAUCAGGUGAUAGAAAAGCACUCACUUUGCUUUCUUUUUUUAUCUUGUUUUAUUUUCGGAGUGGAGUAUCGUUUGUUUUGCAAGUCGGGCUUCGUUUCCCUGCAGCACUGAUGAGAGGUGGUUGUGCACCUUCAGGACAAACACUUGAAAGGAGUGAUGUAAAGACAUUUAAUCUUCAGAUAAUCCUUACAAUGAAAUAUCAAUGUAAUGCUUUCAGAUGUGCUUAUCAAAUAUUAAUGUAUUACAGGUUUUCGGUCAUAUAUAAUUACACAUACACAUAUAUAAAGUCAGCAUUGCCUACUGUUAUAGUGCGACCUGUGACAUGUUCUCUCUUCAGUUUGAAAUGUGCCAUAAUACUGUAAACGCCUCAACCCUCCUGCAAGUAGUUAAUUAGAACAUAAUAUACUAAAUGUAUGUGUGUGUGUAUCUAUAUAUGCACAUACUGUACAAACGUGUUUAUACUUUGGUGUAAACCAUAUAUCAAUAUUGUAAAAGUUCAAAAAUGAGAAAAAAAGAAACCAAAUUUUGCUGCUGUUGCUGCUGCUAGAACAACUCAUUUGUCGCUCACCUCUCAUCUUUGUUGACGUCCGAUCCUCGUGUCGUAGUCCUGUGGUUCAAACUUCAGUCUGCUUGCUGUUCUGCCGAACAGACUUACUUAUCUAUUCCCAAAUAUUUUCGUCAGGGGUGAUAUCGUUCAAAUGGGUCAUAAGAUAGGCAUUAAAGAUUGGGAUGAAUUAGGGAUGUAGCAGUGGAUUUGUGCAUUAGCAACGGGGGGCGGUUUGAGAGUUUGGUUCUCGAACACUUUUUUUUUUUUUUUAAAUAGGCGAGUUAGUUGGCGGUACGGAUUAGUUCAUGAAACCUCUAAAUUUAGCUUCUGCUUUGUGAGUUGUUGUAAUUGGUUGGCCUGGAUUUAAGUGUUGGGAAGUAAAAAGGUUCUGGACUGUUACGUCUUCCGAAGGUAGCUUAAACAUGUAAAGAUGUGAGAUAUUAUUUUCCAUGGAUUAAUAAAAUGAAUGAACUUCUCCAUCGGUAUCUCCUUGUCGUGGUUUGUAUGACCCGCAUGUUUGCAAUAUGCGCUUGUAUUUGAAGUUAAUGUGUUUGUAUUUACUUGACACUAUA